CUCUACAUCCUGGCUCAGUCACCACGUGCAUGUCCACAGACUCCCCAGGCUCCGCUCCGUCCUGGCUGCGGUUCGGCCAGGCUGGGCAGGACAUGAUCUCAGACGAGAUGGACACCCCCAGGCCCAGGCUGGAGCACCUGACGUGUGUCUCCCACGAGGAGCUCCCAGGAUCCUGGAGCGAGCUGUCCCAGGAGCCCCGAGAGCCAUGGGAAAGGGGCCAGCUGCUGCCCCAGAUAUCCGAGGAGGAGAGCAGUGUCGAGCAGGAGUCAGCAGCCCGCAUGGUCAGCUUCCAGAACUCGGCGGCAGUGGAGACGCAGGUGCCGGUGGCCUUCGAGGAGGUGGCCGUGUGGUUCUCCCGGGAGGAAUGGGUGCUGCUGGAUGAAGGGCAGAGGCAGCUCUACAGGGACGUCAUGCAGGAGAAUUACCAGACGCUGCUCUCGCUGGGAGUCUCCGUCACUGACCCAGCUGUGAUCUCCUCGAUGGAGCACGGGGAAGAGCCGUGGGUCCCGGGUCUGCAGGGCUCCAAGGGAAGGGAGCUCCGGGGAGGUGCCCAGACAACAGGUGCCGGGAGGCAAAGCCCUCAACAGGAAAGGCUGGCAGGAGUGGAGCUCCACAGAACAGCUGAGAGGCCAGAGGGAGAAGAGGCCUCUGAUGGGGUGCGAUGGCAGCUGGGGAAGCCACCUCGGCAGGAAAGACCCGUGGCCGGUGGUCACCCACGGGCAAGAGAGGGACCCAUCCUCUGUGGGGAUUGCGGGAAAAGCUUCAGGAAGAGAUCGGUGCUCGUCAUACACCGGCGCUCCCACACAGGAGAGCGGCCCUACCAGUGCCCAGACUGUGGGAGGCGCUUCACCCUCCGUGCCAACCUCCUGCGCCACCAGCUCAUCCACAGCGGGGCCCGGCCCUACCCCUGCGCUGAGUGCGGGAAGAGCUUCCGCCACAAGGAGCAACUGACCCGCCAGCCUCACGUCUGCGCCCAGUGUGGAGCGGCCUACAGCACCCGCACCAGCCUGCUGCGGCACCAGGGCAGCCACACCGGGGAGCUGCCCUACAAGUGCACGGCGUGCGGCCGGCGCUUCGGGGAGAUCACCGGGCUGGUGGCGCAUCUGGUGGCGCACUCCGGGGUGCGGGCCCACAAGUGCCCCAAGUGUGGGAAGAGCUUCCGGCACGGCUACUCGCUGAUGGAGCACCGGCGGGUGCACACCGGGGAGAAGCCCCACGUCUGCCCCCUGUGCGGGAAGGGCUUCAUGUACCACUCCAGCUUCAGCAAGCACCAGCGCGUCCACAGCAGUGAGUGGCCCAAGGCCUGCAGGGAGCGCCGCAAAGGGUUCAACCAGCGGUCGUCCCCACUGCAGCACCAGCGCACCCACCGGGGCGAGAGACCCUACCCCUGUCCCCAGUGUGGCAAAAGCUUCAGCCAGCGCUCAGCCCUGACCGUCCAUCAGCGGCUGCACACCGGAGAGCGGCCCUACAGCUGCACCCACUGCAGCAAGACCUUCAGCGACAGUUCGGCGCUGGGCCACCACCGGCGCACCCACACCAGCGAGACCCCCCACUGCUGCGGGGACUGCGGGAAGGGCUUUAAGGACCGCAGGGCACUCACGCGGCACCGGCGCACCCACACUGGGGAGCGGCCUUACCCCUGCCCCCAGUGUGACAAGCGCUUCAAGCAGAGUUCGACGCUGGUUCAGCACCGGCGGAUCCACAUGGAGAAGCGGCCCUAUGUUUGCCCUCACUGUGGGAGGGGGUUCUACCAGAGCACGGGCCUGACCCGCCAUCAGAGGACUCAUGCCAAGGAGAGGGGCCUGCAGACGUGUCCACAGCCAGCCGCCUCCACAGAGACCCCUUCGUCCAGGCCCGGGGUGUGGAGUAGGGGCAGCAUGGCUGUCUCAGGGGACGUGGCACGCCCAGCCAGGCCUGCAGGGAAAAUGAAGCUGUAGCGAUAGAGCCACAGAAAUGGAGGACUUGAAAGGACCUCGAGAGGCCAUUGAUUCCAGCCCCCUUUGCUGGGACAGGACCAAGUAAUCUUAGGCUACCCCCGAGAGGCAUUUGUCCAACCUGUUCUUAAAAACCUCCAGAGACAGGGAUUCCACAGUCUUCUCCCUGGUCCAGAGCUUCCCUUCUCUUGGAGUUAGAAAGUUUUCCCUAAUAGCUCAGCUACCUCUCCCUGGCUGCAGAGUAAGUCCAUUUCUCUCUGUUCUUCCUUCAGUGGACAGGGAAAACAAUUGAUCUCCAUCCCCUUUAUAACAGCCCUGAACAUAUUUAAAAGCAAUCAGCUCCUCCCUCCUCUACCCCCACAACAGUCUUCUUUUCCCUAAACGCGCCUAGUUUGUUUAAACAACAAAGGAAUCCUGGGGUACCGUAAAGACUAAGGCUAUGUCUAGCUCCUUGAAUUUGUCACUAGGAGGCAGGUUUUCUAAUCCUUUAAUCCCGUGGUCACCAACCAGUAGAUCGUGAUCUACCGGUAG